AAGAGCUGUCUGUACUGAAAGCCUGUAUUCAGUUAUGGUUCCCAGGCUGACAUGUGGAUCUGUUGUAGCGUCUCAGUAACCCAGACCUGCGUACUUGACCAUGACCGAAUUGUGCCGUACUUCUUACCCCAUUAGAUAGCUAACGCUAGUUUGCUAGUUAUCUAAGGUUGCGAAUACCGAUGGUGCGUUAGCUAGCAAGCUUCAUCGAGACCCCCUGAAAAGUAGCUAGACCUAGCUAGCUAGGUUGUUUCUUUACCAGCUAGCCAGCAGUAGUUACCAAGCAGAAAUAUUGUCUGUUACCACAACUGCCCGUAUAAGGCCUUUUAUUUAUCUAGAUGAAAAGUUGUAUGGUUAAUCGAACUCUUUAGCUAGUUAUUUGACUAACGGUAUGCUUUUGAGUCACCUCUGAGAGAUCAUGUCUACGACAGUAAAUCUUGAGCUAGACCCGAUCUUUUUGAAAGGUCUGGGGUACCUUCAUUCUAAAAGCAAAGACUCCGCCGAGAAACUCAAGGCUCUGUUGGACGAAUCCUUAGCUAGAGGGAGUGACUCCUCUUACAGAUCAUCUCAGAAGGAAGUGGAUGUCCCUCGUGUAUCUGUCACUAAAGUGAGCUUGAGCAAACCGGAUUCUAAAUCCUCCUCUUCCAGCUCUUCCUCAUCAGGCAUAAAUAAUGGAAAAUCUGGCAACUUGGACAAGGGUAAAAAGGAGAGUGAAAAAAGGCCUUCAGAAAAGGUCAAGGUGGACCUCGGUGAUGGAGCAGAGCCGGCAAAGAAGCCUCGUCUCGAGAAGCAGGAGAACCGCUCCUCCCCUAUCACAGUUCAGACCAGCAAGGACCUGGCGCUGGCUGACCUCUCCAGCUUUGAUGAAACCAGUGCUGAUGACUUUGCCAUGGAGAUGGGCCUGGCCUGUGUGGUUUGCCGACAAAUGACAGUCACAUCGGGGAACCAACUUGUGGAGUGUCAGGAAUGCCACAAUCUCUACCACCAAGAAUGUCACAAGCCACAGGUGACAGACAAGGAUGUUAAUGAUCCGCGGCUUGUGUGGUACUGCGCCCGCUGCACCAGGCAAAUGAAACGCAUGGCUCAGAAAACACAGAAACCUCCACAGAAAGCAGCCCCAACUGUGGCGUCUGCUGCCCCAGUAGUGAAAGACACUCUGGUGAAGAAAUCGGAGGUCAGACCAAAGCAGGACACAGCCAGUACCUUCCAGGCUUUUAAGAGAACAGAAGUUAAGGUGUCCACAACAGUGACGGCAAACCCGUCUGCCAGCAGCUCCUCUAUUCCCUCUGGUAGCGGCCUCACAGGGUGGGCCGCCUUUGGGGCCAAGACGCCCGCCGCGGGCGCUGCCAGCGCCAAGCUUGGCUCAGCCCUGCAGAGCAGCAGCGGGAAGGCCAGCACAGCCUCCUCCAGCCAGAAGCCAGUGGGACUCUCCGGGCUGGCCAGUGCCAAACCAGGUUUGGCUACCAAAGUGCUGGUGGGGAGCAGCUCUAGCAGCGAGGGAUCCAACCCGGUCCCUUUGAAGCCGCCCCCACCUCUGAUUCUGGGGAAGCCGGGCCUGAACCGCUCAUCCAGUAACGACAGCGUCAACAAGGUGGGGGUAGCAGUCCCCAGCAGCCAGACCAGCGGCAGUGGAAACGGGGGGCCAGGCGGCAACGGCGGCGCGGGCAGCACUAGCAGUGGCACCAACAGCAACAACAACAACGGCUCAAAGGCUGCUGCAGAGGCCUUAGCCGGAGGCAAAGCUCCCACUACCCAAGAGUCUCAGCUGAAUGCCAUGAAACGCCUACAGAUGGUGAAGAAGAAAGCCGCUCAGAAGAAGCUGAAGAAGUAGAGUGGGGGCACAGUGGACCACAGUGUUGUUUUUUUAUGUUUAUUUUUUUCUCAAAUUUAUUUUAUUUUAUUUUUAAGCUGUUAAAUAUUCAACUGAUCACAGCUAAUUGAAUUGGUGUAGGUGUCUGCUGCUGGAUCACUAGUUUUACACUAGUUUUUUUCAUUAAAGCUCAUGAGAUUACAGAAUUCAACUUUUCCUC